AUGAUAUGUAUAUCAACAUGGCUUAAACAAUUACUACAAGGUGCACAACAACAACAACAACAACAACAGUCGACAACAACUACAACACCAAUAUAUGUUAACUUUAACUCAAUACCAAUUGCUGAUGAUCAACGUGGAAGAGAUUUAAUUGGUAUACUUAAUAAUCUGGUUGGAUUGGAAUCUGUUUAUAGGAAUUAUCUACAUGUACGUGUUCCACCAUUGGUACAUAGUAGUCAUUUGACAACGCCAUCAACCGAUAUCUACUUGACACCAGAUGCCGAAAGGACAAUGUUUGGUCUGGGCUUUGUGGCCGUGGACAAGUAUGUGGCACAACGUAAACAACAAUACAUGGACUUGAUCGAUUGGACUGUAGAAGACUCUUGGAUCACAUUGGACUACAACACACCAUCAAUAUCAAAUGAUUUAAUACUCAAGGCAUUCGCAAGCAAGAUGAAUGUCUAUGUCAUGGACCAUUGCCUGCAUGAAUCAGUCACGGGACUGCUGCCCAACACUGGCAGUGCCUUCUUCUAUCAGACAUCAACAGAUUGGAUGGGCAAGAAGGGUGACAUUGAGAUGACAUUGGGUGUCGCCAGGGAUUGGCUAUCAAAGUAUCCCAACACAUUCAUCAUUAUAACGGACGGAGCAAAUGGUCUUGCGGCAGGAGGAUGUUUCAAACGUGGCGUCAAUCAUCAAGCGACAUACAUCGCACCCUUCUGGCACUAUGCACUACCAACAAUGCAACAAGAGCAUUGUAAAGACACCAUAGGAGCAGGUGAUGCAUUCAGAGCCGGAAUGCUAUUCUCCAUCCUACAAGAUCAAUCAAUGAGCCAAUGUCUAAACUUUGCCAGUGCAGCCGGUGCCCUAAACACGCGAUACUAUGGAGGAUGUAGUCGAGUACCAGAUCUCUCAGAGGUACUUCAAAUGCUUCAAGACAACAAC